CGACAGGAUUGCAGUAAGAUAGUUCUAGACUCAUAAGUUCUCUUCCUACCUUCACUUGAGCAGCUUUAGCUGGAGAAUGGUACUCAGAGUCGUUUACCGUGCCCAGGGACCAACUACGUCAUCUUCCAUCGACGUCGUUGCUGUACACGGUCUCGGCGGCGACCUUGUGAACACAUGGACUCAUCCAAAGUCGAAGAAGUUCUGGUUGCAAGACUUCUUACCUCUGCAAAUCCCCGAUGCCCGGGUCUUAACUUUCGGCUACAACGCCGAUGCCGCAUUCGGCCAGUCGACUGGAGAGAUCGUUGACCAUGCUAAGAGCUUAUUGAGUAGCUUGGUGGACAAAAGAGAGGAGCAAGAUGAGAUUCAGCGUCCUUUGGUAUUCGUCGCGCACUCUCUGGGUGGAAUCGUAGUGAAACAGGCGCUAUUUCAAGCAAAGCUGGAACCACGAUACGAGUCGAUCCGUGAUGCAACCGUCGGUCUGAUCUUCUUGGGUACACCCCAUCGCGGAAGCGGUAAAGCGACAUAUGGGAAAGUGUUGGCGAGUGUUGCGCAGUUCGUCAGCCAUCACCCUCCUCCGCGUUUAUUGACGGCUCUACAAACCAACUCCGACGCUCUCUUUCGGUUGACGACUGAUUUCCGCUUCCAAGUGCCCGACUAUCAAGUCUAUAGCUUUUAUGAACAGCGGUCGAUGCCAGGAUUUUCUAGUCUAAUUGUUGAGAAGAAUUCUGCCUUGCUCGAGGUUCACCAUGAAGAACAGAUUCCGGUCGAUGCCGAUCACAGUGCGAUGUGCAAGUUUGAGACUGAGGAUGACGAUACAUUUGAGAAGAUUUACAAGAGAAUCAGGCGGAUGAGAGACAGUCCGCGGUACACAACCAUGCACGACUUGGUCUCAAAUAAUUCAUACUUUCUAGUUCCUCAUCUCCUGAGCACGUUCUUUACGGGUCGCGAGGACGAGCUGCGGUCUCUCAGUGCGGCAUUCGCAGGUCGACACCCACUACAAGGACACCACCAACGGCGAUUUGUGCUCUUCGGUCUGGGAGGUUCGGGCAAAACUCAGAUCUGUCUUAGUUAUGUGCAAUCACAUCGAGAGAGAUAUUGGGGCAUCUUCUGGGUUGAUGCGAGCAGUGACGAUCGUCUGCAGCAAGACUUUGCGCAAAUUGCGCAGCUGCUGCAAGUUGAUGAGACCGUCGACUGCGUCAAGCGAAGAUUGGCCAACGCAGCUCAAACCUGGCUCCUCGUGCUCGACAAUGCUGACGAUCCGGACCUGUCACUGUCUCCCUAUCUGCCUGCAGGUAACCGAGGCGAUAUAAUCAUAACAAGCCGAAAUCCUACAUGUCAACAGUACAACACCGUGGGAUAUAGGCAUGUGAGGCAGUUGUCAUCAGACGACUCUGUAUCAUUGCUAAACAAGAUUAUCUAUGGAAGCUCAAAUUCGUCAGAGCUGGAUACUCAUCUGCUUCAGGAGAUUGUUGAGACCCUAGGCUGUCUCGCAUUAGCCAUCGUGCAGGCUGGGGCGUACAUUCGCGAGACUUCUUGCUCUCUCUACAAAUAUCUCGAAAUCUAUCAGAGCCGCAAAACGAGCAUCCUGCAGCGUGUCCCGAAACAUGUCGCUACAGGCUACCAGUAUUCAGUCUACGCGACAUGGCAGCUCUCUGCGGAUAUGAUCCAAUCAAGGGAAGAAGCGGUACCCUGUUACGCCACCCGGAUUUUGAAGCUUCUCGGCUUCUUGCAUCACGACCGGGUCUCACUUCAAAUGUUCUACACGAACGGGUGUCGUUCACAGGGAAGCCGUUUUCUCGGUUAUCUACCCUUCCGAAAGGAGGCCUCGGAACCAUUUGAUUAUCAGAGACUGGUCCAGUUAUCAUUUGGCCUCCUUGCAUCUUUUUCAUUGAUUACAACGAACCAGGAUACAUCCGUGUCUCUGCAUCCCUUAGUUCAUGAGUGGUGUCGCGAUCGGAUGACUAAUGAAGAGCAGCAUUCGAGCUAUCGACUGGCUCUGUCCCUUUUGACUUGUUCGACAGAGUGGGAAGAUUCUUCUGAAAGUUACCAGUCUCGGCGAGCCUUAGUGCCCCAUAUUCAAGAGCUUCUUGGUCUCAAAGAUCUCGUCGGAGAUCUGAGUGAAGCGGAAAAAUUGCAAACUUGGCCUUACCUGGCUCUCAUACUCUCAGAGAAUGGGUUGGCUACCCAGGCCAUUGACCUGACGACGGAGAUGUUGAAAAUAGCCCAGAGUGUUUUGGGAGAGAGUGGUUCGUGGACGCUGUGGUUAAUGAAGGCUCUGGCGGAUCAAUACCGCAAAGCAGGGCGACGAGAGGAAGCGCUACGGCUUGCUCAAGAGGUUUCGGAACGAUACAAAACCUCUCUAGGGCUCGAUGAUUCUAGAACGAUAGGUUCUCUAAAUUGUCUGGCUAAUUGCUACAGCGACACUGGACAACACGCGGAGGCUUUACACUUAACUGAGGAGGUGGUGAGGUUGUUAAAGAUCAAGCUCGGUGAGAGCCACAAGGAUACACUGGGGGCAAUGCAGAAUCUGGCAAUUCACUAUAGCCGCGCUGGGCGAGAGAUGGAGGCGCUGAAGCUCACCGAGGAGGUAUUGGAGCACCGGAAGGGCAAGUUCGGACAGGAUCAUCCGCAGACGUUAGCGUCAAUGCAGAUUCUGGCAAAUCAGUGGUACAAAGUCGGGCGACGAGGAGACGCACUGCAGUUGACGGAAGAAGUAGUGAAACGAAGAGCAGAUAAGUUGGGCUUCGAUCAUCCGGACACGUUAGCGUCAACAGCUGAGCUGGCACAACUUUACAGACAAGCCGGACGGCAAGCAGAGGCGAUGCGGCUGAUGGAAGAGUUGCGAGGCCUACUGAAGGUCAAGCUGGGCGACGAUCACCCCGACACGCUGGCGUCGAUGGAGUUUUUGGCUUCAAAUGUUGAUGAAGGAGAAACGAAACAUUUGAAGCCACAAAGUAGUCACGGCCUCAGAAAGGGAGGGAAUCUGGUGCGCAAAUUAUUUCGAUUAAAGUUAAUAGCUGGUCCGCCAUGAUAUUGGCCGUGGACCUGUAGAUUUAUCG